AUGAUGGAGAGAACACGACUUCUGCUGGCAGCGGAGUUCAAGCAAAAGUCCCGCUGGUCGAGCGUUUGGCCCAACAUGCACUACGGUGCCAUGUACCUGGACUACAGCGUCGGCCGAAAGCUGCCGAUGAAAGGAGUGAAUUGGGUCACGCGGGACUCCAACCGUUUGGUCAACUUUGCAAAUCGAUAUCAAGCCGUCAUUGAUGACAUUGACGUGAAGAAGAACGAAGAGGAACUUGGCAUCAAUCUGCAAGAUAUCCGCUGGAACGAUCAUCGCCGCAUUUACUGGAAGUGCGCCUUUUGCGGGUCCCCCUACCGGAAGAGCGUGAGUGUGCGCACGAAGUUUCAUGCGGGAUGCAAUUUUUGCAAGGGCAGAUAUCCCUCCGAGGUGCUCCGCGAGCAGCAUGCGAGUCCAUCGCUCGCCGCGUCCGCCCCGGAGCUUGUGAAGCAGCUUACGGAGACCGACAAAGUGGACAACCUAGGCUCGUUAGCGUGCACGAGCAAGUUUCGCGCAGAGUGGAAGUGUCAGGGCUGCGGUGGUUCCUACCGCGCGAGCGUGCGCAGCCGCACAGGCAACGUGGAGAGUGGACAAUGCCCGCUGCAUCCAAAUAUUGUCGGUUGGUCGGCGUUCUGUCCGUCGUGUGCAUGGAAGCCAAACAUGGUCCCCAUCGCAGAGGAGGUGCAACGCACCGGGCAGUUUCUUGGAUUGGAAGGACUGCCGGGGAAAAGUGAGUCGCCUCCAGUGACGCAUAUUCCACGCCGCAGGAAGUUGGUCGUGUGA